AUGUCGGCUGCGCCGGUGGACACCGUCGGCCCCAGUGCCCUCGGCGGCCGCCAAGCCGCCGCGAGGCCCUUCCGGGUGCUGGUGGCGGGGAUCCUGUCGGCCCAGACGAAGGACCAGGCCGUGGCGGAUGCCGUGGAGCGCCUCGACGGCCUGGGCGGAGGCCUGUGCGCGAGUGCGAUCUUGGGUGUCCCUGACGCUGACCUUGCCGACAUGCUGCACGGGGUCAGCUUCCACAAGCGCAAGGCUCAGUACCUGAAGGCCGUCGCCUCGAAGGUCGCAGAGUGCGGGGGGCAGGUUCCCCAGUCUGUGCGCGAGCUCAUGGCGCUCCCGGGCGUCGGCCCGAAGAUUGCACACCUAGUCGCACAGGUGGCGUUCGGCAAGGUGGAAGGCAUCGUGGUGGACACUCACGUUCACCGGAUCUGCAACGCAAUCGGCUGGGCGUCUGGGCGCACACCAGAACAGACGAGGCGAGCCCUAGAGGCGUGGUUGCCCAGGGGACUCUGGGCGGAGCUGACGGGGCCGAGAAAUCUGCGUAUGCGGUGA